UACUAGGAAUAGCUUUGGGCGCCGGCGCGGCCUUGCCAUUGAGCUCAUAAGUGCGCGCGUCUGGUGCACAGAGAGCUGGCUCUUCUCACUCAGAGUGGCCACAGCAAAAUCGCUGCGGCUCAGAGAAGGCACAAGCAAGCACAGCUCAAAAUCGCGGUCGCCGCCGCGAGGCCAUUUUAACCGCCGCGCGCGACGAUGACGACCCUCGCGAGCCUCGCUUUAUCAGCGGAGUCAUUGGCGAGCCGCCACGCGCCGGCCACCGGCGUGCCGCCCCUCCAGAAGACGCUCGCGGAGCUCGAGGCCGAGGCCGCGCGAUUAAAUGCCCAGCAGCAGCAGCCCUCUCAAAAUAGGGGAGAAGCGCUGUUGGCCCAGUCGACCUUCGACGCCAGAGCUUUGCACCGGCAGAUUUUGGAGUUGGAACAAAGAGCCGAAUUUGCCCAGCAUAGAGUCGAGGCCGACGGGAGGGACUUGGACGCCGCUUUACUGGCUCGUACUGAUGAGGUCGUCGUCGCGUGCAUCGAGGGCGCCGUGGCGGAUGCCGUCGAGGACGGCGAGAAGGCGGCGCUCAAGGAACAUCUCGAGAGUUGGGAGGUCGAGAAAAAACGUCUCCUCGAGGAUGUGGGCCUCAAAGAAUUGAAGUGGGAGACGCCCGCCCAAUCAAAGGUUGAGGACAUGCAGCUGACGACCGUCCAAAGUCCGCCUAGGAGGAGAGCUCUGGAUGACGACGCUCGGAGACACGGGGAAGUUGUGCGAAGAUUAAAUAGGUACGCGCGCUUGGAUGCGUCCGACCGUAGGAGGGUGGACGCCGAGGGCGGCCUACGAGUCGCGUCGGACUUCGGGGCGCUGGCGCCGCGACCCAGUCAACUUUCAGUAGCAUGGCGAGUCGUGCACGCCCAGUGCCGAGAAGACCGAAGCUUUGAUGAAGCAUUAGCGGCCUUUCCGGGCCAAAAGAGGACGGCCUGCGACGCGGUUAGAUUCAACGCUUCCAAACGAAAUGAUAACUGGCUCGCGCUCGGGUGUAGACGAGCGGUCGAGGCGCAGUAUAGAGAUUAUGUGGAUGCCAAGCUGAAGGACGCCGGGCCUUCGUUGAGAACUCAGGUCAUGGGCGUCGCUACCUUUGAUUCGAGUGAUGACGCGGCACGGUACGCCGCUUAUCUAAGAUGGCGCCACCAGCUCCCGCGAGAGACGCAGGACAUGAACGUCUUGAGGAACGGCGAGGCCGCCUGGCCCCAGUUGUACGCGGCUCUGAGGUGCGGCGGCGCUAGGGGUGGUUUGGCGGUUUGUUCGGCAGAACCCGCGUUCGGAGUGGGCCUGCAACGAGCCUGUCGAGCUAGAGCGGCGUACGACGACGCCGUCGAGGUGCUCGGAUGGGCCGUUGAUGUUGAUAACGCACAAAAAAAAGUAGAUGAGACGGCGCGAGAACUGGAGUCGGCGAGACGGGCCUGCGCCGCCGAGCACGCGGCGGUCCUCGCCUCCGCGAGUACGACGACGUGCCCCUACUACGCGUCCUGUGCGAACCUAUUAGCUUUGGACGACGCCGAUUUGAGGGACGAACGAGUGCAACGAACGGUGGAAGAUUUUUGUUGGCACGCGCUUUGGUUUGGCACGGCGCCCUCCGGGAGUAGGGAAGCGUUGCGGAGGGCGGCGACGCAGUGGGGCGCGGCGCACUUCGAUCCUGAUGGGGAAACACCAUUACAGUACGCGACGGUGUUGCUGCUGGCCGGUGACUGUGCUGGUGCACUCGCGCAUCUGCAGAAACGUAGACUGCCCCAGGAAGCGUUGCAUCUAGGCUUGGCGUUGGACGCCUACGGCUUGCUGGAACACGCCAGAAGCUCGACGACUGAUGUUCUGUCUCCUCCAAAGCGCCACACAACUAGAUCGCCCUUCGGCGGCAACGGCCAGCCCCCCGGUUCCUUAGAUGAAGGAUAUGACUUAGCUCGAGCUUGCUUAGCCUACGCUAGACAUGUCGCGGCGGCCGACGCUUCCAUAGCGCUGGAGUACGUCUUCUGGCCGAGACAUCGAGACGCCUUGGUGAAGCGAGAGGUGUCUUAUGACGACUUCGACAAAUCGGUCCUCGGUGACGCCCUGACGUCGCCGGCGGCGGCCACGGUCUCCAUUCUACUGGAUACGAGAGCGUAUGACGUGAUCUGCGGCGCGCCCACACCCGCCAGUGGCAGAGGCCGCGGCGCGCUCGAUGACCACCUGCCGCCGCAACUCGCUGAUCAACUGAUCAAGAUCGCGGCAAGGGACGCGCAGAAACGCGGGAGACCGGCCGAUGCGGCUCGAUUACAUAGCUUGACGGGUGACGACGUUUCAGUGCUACGAGUACUUGUAGAAAGAUUGGGCCAGGUCGUCGCUACGACAAACGAUGCGGAUCGGGCCUUUUGGUUGGAAACUUGUAAUGAUUUCGCUGAAAGAAGAAUAGCGGCGGUCGUGAAUGAAUUGCGAGCCUCGGACGAGGAGGAGCUCGGGUAUGCCUUCGAGUCCUUACUAAAUCUGGCGCAGUUCUUCGACGCCGUGCGGGCGGACGCGUGUUCCGAUGCGCUGCGGUCGUUAGAUGCGACUCGCUUCGUGCCGUCUACUGAUGAUAGUGUGGGGCCCUGCUUGGACGCGUUCUAUAGAAGGGACCCGACCGUGCAGCGGCUUCUACCGGAGGUGCUGGGCGCGACCAUGGACGUCAUCACGAAGGCCUACCAGAGCGGUAGAAGAGCGAGGCAGGACGCGCGCUUCGCGUCGGCAGCCGCGCCGGGCAAGCCGCGGCUCCACGACGCGGCCGACGCGGCGGCCCAGGAUUUGCGGAAAAGGGCGGCUCUCUUAGUAGACUUCGCGGGGCUGCUCAAAGCGCGACUACCCGACGACGUCCACGCGCGGCUCGGGGCGCUCGAGGCGAUGAUGCUCUGAUUGCUUGCGCGUAACUACUCCCCCAUACUUAGA